CCUCGGUUCUGAACGCGGCGUCAGAUCAACCUGCGCUCAGCACAGGAGACACCGCAGCCUCACUCCCUCUUUUAUUUUACACACGCAACCUCAAACCGCUUUCAUCUCCAAUAGAAACUUUGUGGCUUUUUUCCCCCCUCUUUUCCCCACUCUGGCUGCGUCUCAUCGCUCCCCGUCUAAGGCGUCGUCCGUCCACUCAUUUUGCGCCAGUUGCGCCUCGCGUGCUCACCAGGCAGCUCGCCAUCCAGGAGAUGGUGAAUGAAGGCGCGCGCGUCGUCUGAUCCCUUUCACUAGACGAAGGAGGUGUUUUCCUUUCGGGGGAUUCAUCGACAAGGAAAAGCCAUCAUCUGUCUGAACGGGUUCGCCCUCACAACUUGGCUCGUUAUUUACAGUGAGUCGGCUCUCCCGCUAUAAGGAACAUGACGGCCAAGCAGUAAAGACCAGACUGCAACGACGACGACAGCGCAGGCCUGCACCUAGACACUGGAUAUGGAGUCCAUGAAGACCAGGGCCACGGCGGGGAUGAAGGGGUUGGCGGGGAAGACCCUGGGCCACAUGCACAGGGUGAUGGAGAAGAGACAAAAGGGCGGGGAGGUGAUCGAGCUGACCGAGGACGGGCGGCCGCGCGAGGCCGCGGAGAAGAAGCCCCCCUUGUGCGACUGCAAGUGCUUCGGCCUGCCGCGCCGCUACAUCAUCGCCAUCAUGAGCGGCCUGGGAUUCUGCAUCUCCUUCGGCAUCCGGUGCAACCUGGGCGUGGCCAUCGUGGGCAUGGUCAACAACAGCACCAUCCACCAGAACGGCAAGAUCAUCAUUAAAGAGAAAGCCAAAUUCAAUUGGGACCCAGAGACAGUGGGAAUGAUUCACGGAUCCUUCUUCUGGGGCUACAUCGUGACUCAAAUCCCGGGAGGAUACAUCUCCUCCAGGCUGGCUGCAAACAGGGUGUUUGGUGCGGCCAUUGUGCUAACGUCAAUACUCAACAUGUUCAUUCCCUCGGCUGCUCGAGUCCAUUAUGGUUGUGUCAUUUUCGUGAGGAUAUUGCAAGGACUGGUGGAGGGAGUCACCUACCCAGCGUGUCAUGGUAUAUGGAGUAAAUGGGCUCCUCCACUUGAAAGGAGUCGCCUGGCCACCAUCUCUUUCUGUGGCUCCUAUGCUGGCGCUGUGAUUGCAAUGCCUCUGGCUGGGAUACUGGUCCAGUACUCAGGAUGGUUUUCAGUGUUUUAUGUCUACGGAUGCGUCGGUAUCUUUUGGUACAUGUUCUGGAUAUUAGUGUCUUAUGAGAGCCCUGCCGAACAUCCGACCAUCACUGAUGAGGAGCGCUGCUACAUCGAGGAGAGCAUUGGAGAGAGCGCCAUGUUAAUGGGCCCUGCUGAGAAAUUCAAGACACCCUGGAGGAAGUUCUUCACCUCAAUGCCUGUCUAUGCAAUCAUUGUGGCCAACUUCUGCAGGAGCUGGACAUUUUACUUGCUACUUAUCAGCCAACCUGCAUACUUUGAGGAAGUGUUUGGCUUCGAGAUCAGCAAGGUUGGCAUACUGUCUGCGCUGCCCCAUUUGGUGAUGACCAUUAUCGUGCCCUUUGGCGGCCAGCUGGCCGACUACCUGCGCAGCAAGAACAUCCUGUCAACAACCACAGUCAGAAAAAUCAUGAACUGCGGAGGAUUUGGCAUGGAGGCUACGCUACUGCUAGUGGUAGGAUAUUCCCACAGCAAAGGGGUGGCCAUUUCCUUCCUGGUGCUGGCAGUUGGCUUCAGUGGAUUUGCUAUAUCAGGCUUUAAUGUCAACCACUUGGAUAUCGCGCCCCGUUAUGCCAGUAUCCUCAUGGGCAUCUCUAACGGAGUGGGUACCCUGUCUGGGAUGGUGUGUCCUCUUAUUGUUGGUGCUAUGACAAAGAACAAGACCAGAGAAGAGUGGCAGUAUGUGUUCCUCAUUGCCUCCAUGGUGCACUACGGGGGCGUGGUAUUCUAUGGGCUCUUCGCAUCGGGAGAAAAGCAACCGUGGGCCGACCCCGAGCUCACCAGCGAGGAGAAGUGCGGCUUCAUCGACGAGGACGAGCUGGCAGAGGAGACGGGCGACAUCACACAGAGCUACGGCGCUUAUGGCGGGCCCGCCAAGUCGUACGGCGCCACUACGCAGGUGAACGGAGGCUGGGCCGCCAGCUGGGAGAAGACAGAGGAGUAUGUGCAAGAAGAGUCUCAGGGAGGAGGCUAUAGGUAUGGCCAGGAGGAGGGAUAUUCUUAGACCAAACAGACAAUGAUACGUCUAGACCUCUUGAGUGUGUGUCAAUAUAGUCAUAAAUAAUGUCAUCAAAUUAGAAAGAUUCACACACACAAAAAAAAAAGAAAUCCCAUUCCAUUGUUGUUGUUUGCACAAGAAGUAUCAGCUUAAUGUAUACAGUAAAUGAAAAGCUACUAAAUGGUAUUUGAUUCAAAAGAUAUGUAACACAUAUCAAAUUGGCAACCUGUAACUGUAUUAUUAUGCAUAUGGAUAAUAGAUAUACUUAUUUGGAGUGAAAUUGUGCUUUGAUGUAAAAAAAAAAAAAAAAUCUCAUCCCAUCAGCAAAGGCUUCCUUAAAAAAAACAACAACAACAAAAACAACAAAAAAGACCCCACAGAAGCCCGAAGAAGGAAAGCCCUCCCUCAUGAUUCAUAUGACCUGCUUCUGGUUAGUAUACCACAUAUUUCAAGACAGACAUACAGUCUAUAAACUUUGUCACCGCACAGCUUUGUAAAGAGAAACUGACCACCGUCAAUAUUGAUUGUACCGUCCCACUCCUAAAAGCACAUUUUUUGUUGUUGUUCUAGUGCAGGCAUUUGACAUAGUGGCUUGUGUUUGGUAACACUGCAUUAAGGUAACCAUGUUUCUUUGUGUGUUCCAUUUUGUAACAUGGUACCAUUGCGGUAAAGAGUGUGACGUUCGUAAUCUCAGCAAUGUGGUGCAAGCGUCAAGUGUCCUUUUACAAUUACAAAGGUUGGUUGUCAAAUAAGCACAUAGAAAUAUGACACGUUGUAGUGAAAAGGUGGUUAUGGUAUUAUUAUUUUUUUUUUUGUCCAAAAGAUUCAAUGUGAGAAGACUUAUUGAAGGGUCUGUGCAAUGCAGCGACAAAUGAACCUGUCACUAUCAGAAUAUUAGAGCAGCACAAUAUUAUUGAAAAAUACUGAAACUCGAAAAUGCACAUAAUUGAAGCACAUUUUUAGCUGAUAGGAAGAAUGUUAUAUAAUACAGGAUGAAAUGAUCAUUCCCCAAAGUUUAUGGAUGUUUACAUUUCAUUAUAUUUAGAAUAAAGUUUAAAAAUGAAAUACCAGUAAUAUAAUGAUUUUCCAAUCUGGGCCAUUUGUUAAGACAGCGAUAAUACAUUUUAUUAUUUGGUCUAUAACAUAUGCAAAUACACAUAUUCUGAAGAGCAAAGAUAACGAAGAAUAAGCCAACACAUUCCACCUUUGAAUCGCUCAAGGGGCCAAAGUUCACUCUCUAUGAUGGCCAUUCAUCAGCACUUCACAAUAUAAAUGUGUGUGAAUGAGUAAUUAUGCAUGAAACUUUGUGGUGCAACUUUUCUUUUGUUCAUUUUCCCCCUUUCAAAUGAAUGUUUUGGUCUCAGAAACUGUUACCGAUGUUUCCAUUUCUUUGCACAAUGAACCAAAGGGGAAGCGCAAAAAUGGGUUUUAGACGAAAGUUACAUUUUCUAAGCGAGCAAAGACCAUCAGCAACAAAGUUGCCGUCUAAACCACCAGUGUGCAAGUGGCACCAAACAUCUCUCUGUACUGUACAAAGCAAUAAAUCCAUUGUAACA